AUGGAUUCCAAAGAUGAUUCCAAGGUUAAAGAUGUUGAAUAUCAAGAAGUGAAUUAUCAAAAACAAGGAGGAUACAGAGCUACUUAUUUCAUCUUUGGAAUGGUGUUACUUGACAACAUAGGAUUUGUGGCAAAUAUGGCAAGUUUGGUGUUAUACUUCUUGUUUGUGAUGCAUUUUGACUCCUCUGGAUCUUCAACCACUACCACAAACUUUUUAGGAACUACUUUCUUGCUUACAGUUGUUGGAGGAUUCAUCUCCGAUACAUAUAUGAAUCGUCUCAACACUUGCAUUCUCUUCGGAAUUAUUCAGUUAUUGGGAUAUGCCUUGCUUGUGAUUCAAUCACGCAACGAGAAACUUCAACCAGAACUAUGUGGAGAAGAGAGUUGUUUGCAUGGUAGUAAAGUUUGGUUCUUUUAUGCUUCGAUAUACUUGCUCGCACUUGGUGGUGGUGGAAUCAGAGGUUGUGUGCCUGCUUUAGGAGGUGUUACCUUUGUUGUUUAUGUUAGCACAGAAUUCGAUUGGUAUAAAGGUUUUCUUAUAUCACUCUCAUGUUCUUCUGCUGCCAUUGUUUGCAUUGUCGCCGGAAAGAGUUUCUACCGUAUUCGAAUUCCGGGAGAAAGUCCAUUGUUAAGUAUUUUACAGGUGCUGGUUGUGGCAGUCAAGAAUUGGAAGGUGAAAGUGCCUGAUAAUUCUGAAAAGUUGUAUGAAAUAGAGAGCCAUAAGUCUACUUUGAAGAAGAAACUCAUCCCUCACACUGCACAACUCAGGGUUCUAGACAAAGCUGCCAUUCUACCUGAAGCCAAAGAAGCAAUAAAAUGGAAAGUAUGCACAGUGACACAAGUAGAAGAAGUAAAGAUUCUAACAAGAAUGAUGCCUAUACUUCUAAGUACAAUCAUCAUGAACACAUGUUUAGCCCAACUUCAAACCUUCUCAGUCCAACAAGGAACCUUCAUGAACACAUUCAUUGGCACUUUCAACAUUCCAGCUGCAUCAAUACCUGGGAUCCCUCUAGUAUUCAUGACCCUUUUGAUACCAAUUUACGAAUUCGCAUUUGUACCAAUAGUUCGCAAAUUCACCGGUCACCCAAAUGGAAUAACAGAACUACAAAGAGUUGGUGUUGGACUAGUUUUAUCAGCAAUCUCAAUGAUCAUAGCAGGGUUAGUAGAAGUUAAACGAAAACACUAUUUCAAUGAUCACAAUACCAAAAUUAGCCUCUUCUGGCUUUCUUUCCAUUACGCAAUCUUCGGUAUUGCUGAUAUGUUCACAUUGGUUGGACUAUUAGAGUUUUUCUACAAAGAAGCGCCUCAAGGAAUGCGAUCGCUUUCGGCCUCUUUCUCGUUUCUUUCAUUAUCAAUUGGUUACUACUUGAGCACAGUUUUUGUUGAGCUCAUAAACUCAGUGACAAGUAGGAUUACAAAGAAUAAAAAAGGGUGGCUAGAAGGAAGAGACUUGAACCAAAACCAUGUUGAGCUAUUCUAUUGGUUUUUGGCUAUACUUAGUAUGAUUAACUUUGUUGUCUAUAUCUUUUGUGCAAAAUGGUACAAAUAUAGGAAUGAUGUUUCAUUUGAUAGGGAAAUGUUGCUCAAACAUCUAGCUACUAAUCCUAAUCAUGGAAAUGUGUCUACAAUCUCUGUGUCCAAAUUUCAAGAUAUUCCACUCAAUGAAGAUGAGAGACACAAAACAUCUCAGUAA